GCGUGGUAUGCGCCAGUACCAAGGUGGUCAAUCAAAUUCUUCGUGGAAUUACAAUGACGCACAGAAUCAUAUCUCUAUGGGCAAAACUCACGGUCCACCACAUGGCCAACAGCAGAUCGGUGGACCAAUGGUCGUGAACAAUAGCACAUCACCACCCCUACAAACGGGCGGUGGUGGUCCUCAUGGUCACGGACAGUCACACAGCGGUGGUGUGGUCAUGUCUGGCCCACCCAAUCAGCCACCCCCACAACCACAGCGACAAAUGCGCAAUCAGAUGCAGGACUUGCGCCAGUUUGCACAAGAUUUUCAGUUGGCAAACAGCGCAUCAACAUCUCCUCCACAACAGCAACAACAAUCACAGGUGCCGAUACAGCAGCAACAGCAGCAACACCAACAGCAACAAUCGCAACAGCACUUGAAUUUGGGUAAAGGCGGUGGACACCAACCACAGCCUUCGGUAUCGCCGCCACAGCAGCAACAGCAGCCACAACAACAACAAGUUGUUGUGCAGCAACAACAACAACAAGCACACAUGAAUAUGCAGCAUGUACAGCAGCAGCAGCAUCACGGGCAGCAUCACGCCCCUCCACCGCAGCAGCAGCAAGCGCAUAUACCACAACAACAACAGCACUAUGUGCCGUCGCAUUUGGUGCAGCAGCAGCAGACACAACAGCAAGUGCAGCAGCACCUGCCAACGCAGCACGUGCAUCAGCAGCAGCAGAAACCGCAUUUGGACAGCGGUAACAUGAUGCAUUUAUCCAAACAGCACCAGCAACAACAGCCGCCACGACACCAACAACAACACCAACAUCAGCAGCAGCCACCUUCGCAGCCGCCUACACCUUUGGCGCAGGAGCCGCCUCAGCAGCAAGUGCCGCAACAAGGCAUGUACCAUGUACCGCCGCCGCAGCUGGCACCGCCGCAACAACAACAACCACCACAACUGCAGCCAACGUCGCCACCAGUGGUAGACACGCCGCCACAACAGCCGCAACAAGCGGUGCAGCAGCUAAGUAAAUUAGAUACAACGCCUGUGACAACAGUCGCACCGGUGAGUGUCGCUGUGGCAAAUACCGGUGGUGAAAAGGUGGCCACGCCUCCGGGCACCGCCUUAGCAUCGACUGCGACGAGCGGUACCACCACCACCCGCACGGCGACUGUUAAGAAGGCGCAUGUGCUGAAUCCGUCGGCAAAGCCGUUUACGCCACGCAGCCCCAGCACACCGAAUCCGUCGCGACCGCACACACCACAAACUCCAGUGCAACUGCAAGGCAUCUAUACGACUGGGACGCAUGUGCAAGCGGCUAGCCAGACGCCCAUGUACGUCAUGCAAUCGCAGCAGCCCGCAUUCCAAGCGCCGACACAUCCACAGACCAGCCAACAGCCCCGAAUGCGUAGAGGCAAUUACGGUCCGAUGGCGGCAUCGCAAACUCACGUUUCGGCCACAACGGCUACGGGACAGCCCUUGCUGGCAGCAGCGCCGAUACAACAAUUCAUACAUUAUCAACAGACUCCACAUGCGCCGCAUUUCCAAUCACAACCCUAUGUUAAUGUGCGUAUGUACGAACCACCGCCACAACAGUUGCAAUUCAUCACGCAAACGCAACCAUCGACCACGCCUUCACCCGGCCAACCACAUCAGACGUUCCAUCCGCCACCACAGCCUUCUCCUGCGGGCGGUGGCCCACAGCCUACAUUCGCCCCACAAACUCAACCCAUGUAUCCGGUCGUCUAUCCCGUCUUACAUCCAACACAGAUCAUGCCGAAUCACUACUACUCGACGACACCGCAACAUCCACAACAAACUCAACCGUUUCAAAUAUUAAUGCAACAACAUCCGGCGCAAUAAAAAGCAUGAGUAAUGUUGGGUAGCGGGUGAGCGACACGGUGAAAGAUGAAAA